AUGAAAGGCUUUUUUGGGAAUUUGCAGCAGCUUAUGCUCUGGAUUAUUGCGCUUACGAUGAGCAGUGGCAUUUACGCUGCGCGGCAUCGACCCCGCGGAAUUGGACUUGUCAAAUUACCGUUUGGCGUUUCGGACCAUCGCUCGGGACCUGCAUUCCCGAAUCUGUACAUUGCUGGCAACAAGCUUUAUCAUAAGGUUUCUUUCGGAGACUUCCUCCUCUAA